GCCGCGGGGCGGGGGCGGCGGCGCGCGCGGGGCACCUGAGGCGGCGCCGCCGGCGGGAGCCGCUCCCGGCGCCGCGGGAGCGACGGGGCGGGCGCGGCGAUGGAGGAGCCGCUCUGCUGCUGCGAGUACGUGGACCGGCGCGGCCGGCGCAACCACCUAGCGGCGUGCUGCUGCGACUGCGAGGAGCUGGACGACGGCUGCGACAGGUGGCUGACGUGCAGAUCCCUGCCCCCGGGAGCGCUGGAGAGGAUCGCCGACACCAUCGCGGACCGGCUGCGUGUCCCCUGGUUCUCGGGGGCCGUGAGGAUCAACGUCAGCCUCGUGCCGCCGCUCGUCCUGCUGCCCGUCUUCCUCCACGUUGCCGCCCUGCACUUCCUGCUGGGGCUCAUCAUCCUGACGUCCCUGCCCGUCGUGGUGCUGUGGUACUACUACCUCACCCAUCGCAGGAAGGAACGGACUCUCUUCUUCUUGAGCCUGGGGCUCUUCUCCUUGGGAUAUAUGUACUAUGUGUUUCUCCGGGAGGUGGUUCCCCGGGGCCACGUGGAGUAUUCCCAAGUGGUCGUUCUCACGUGCGGGUUAAUUUUUAUGCUUGCAGCCCUGUCCCGAGCCAAGAAGGACCCUGGCUACCUUCCCAUCCCAGCAGGCGACGAGAAGCCAUCGCACCAGGGUUUGCCCAACAGGAGUGUUAGAGGGAGCUCCAUCGGACUCCACGGUAUCUCAGGUGCUGCCAGCAGUCGCGCUGUGAAUGGGGAGGCUAAAGGUUAUUGCAGGAUGUCAGCUGGGCAGCCAGAAGGUGUGAAAAAGGACUGGUGCACUAAAUGCCAGCUGGUCAGGCCAGCCCGAGCAGGGCACUGCCGGCUUUGCGGCAGGUGUGUGAGGAGACUGGACCAUCACUGUGUCUGGAUUAACAGCUGUGUAGGGGAGCAGAACCAUCAAGCUUUCAUCCUUGCACUCUCCUUCUUCAUGCUCACCUCUGUGUAUGGGAUUACCCUGACCCUGCACACCAUCUGUAGGGGCCGAACUCCGUUUGUGGCAUUGCUCUACUGCCCCGGGGCCUAUUCUGACUACAGCUCUGCCCUGUCGUUCACCUGUGUAUGGUACUGUGCCAUUGUAACAGCUGGCAUGGGAUACAUCCUCCUUAUCCAGCUGUUGAACAUCAGCUACAACGUUACUGAGAGGGAAGCUCGGCUGGCUCUGCGGGACAACACCGGGCGCAGACUGCUGGGCGGGUUAGUGAUAGACACUGGCCAGUAUAACAGGGGACUCCUCUGCAACUGGGGCCACUUCCUCAGCCUGGGCUCUUCUCCUCCACAGCGCUCUGCCGAGGACAUCGUGUGACACCCCUCUUUCUGCAGGUGGCCUUGUGUCAUGGCUCACUGACUUUGUUUAGCAGGGGAGCAGCCCCUCCCACCAGGACUCCUUCCUCGCACAACUUUCCUCGUGGUCAAUGUGUGGGCUAUCCCCGCAGUGACAACACCAGAUGUUUUCCCUGGUGGAAUGGUUCUUCGUGUGCUCUCAGCCAGCAAUAGGAUGCAGAAAGCAGUAAGCCAUAUGUGCAGAUGGGGAGAGGAGGAGCCUGCUGCCUUUUUCCACUGUGGGAAUCAGCAAGAAGAGCACAAGGUUUUGAGAACUUGAGUUUCUGUUAGAUGUGAGUACUGGCAUCAGGAGGAACCUGCUGCUGGGCUUCAGAGAGUGCACUGGUUCCUGCAAAGGUUAAGGAAUCCCUGGGUUUGUAUCUACAUGUGGCAUUUUGGAGAUGUCAGAAGAGUGAAUUUGGGAUACAGAUGGAGCCCUGCAGAAACCAGGCUCUUUGGCUAACAGAGACUGUCUAGGCAGUCACUGGGCAGCGCUCUCCUCUCUGGUGCAUUCAUUUAUUUAUUUUUACUAUCUCUGAUUCCAUCCAGCUGUGUACAUGCUUCUAUUAAGUGCCUUUGUGAGCUGCAUUCCUGUGGGACUUUGUAAGAUUCCUUCACCUCUUGAUCCCUAAAGUUGUUAUUCCAUCCCUGUCUGUGUAAAUGAGUGAAAAGGGAUCCCAUUGUUCCUUCUGCAGGCUGGGUCUGUGUUGAUUUGAAGGCUUUGUUCAUCUCCCUCAAAAUGUUUCUGCUCUGAUUAUGGGUUGUGAAAUGUGACAGCAGGUAAAUGCACCAAGUAAGGAGUUUUGAAGCAAGGUGUAACAGUGAACUCUGAGGGCAAAACAAGAGUGCUGUCUGUCUGGUGUAACCGUAGCUUUAUGGAAAUUACCUUCAUCCUCUGUGUGUGGGAGAAGGGAGAGUAGGCAAUUCUGCUAGCAGCCCAUUUGGUACGUAGCAUCUUGGUUCUGUUGCUGUUAACACAGUGAUCUUGUCUCCUCUCAGCGUGGUUACUGUGGAGCUGCCUGACUGCAGAUCUGUUUUCUCAAGUCAAGAAGCCAAGGACCAGAUCAACCCUAAGGUACAUAGGGAGAGGUAGAGGAUGUGUUUGUUUUUGGGAUGGAUGACCUGUACUGGCAGGUGAAUGAACCUGUUAAAAUGUGUUCUGCAAGAGUGCUGUUUCUGCCUCAUCAGCCUGCAACUGUAUUAUGGCCUGGACUUGAGCUCCAGCCAAAAUAACAAGGUUUUUUGUUAUUCUCCAGUGAUUUCUGGAUUUCAUGGAUGGGAUUUUUUGUUGCUUUUUGUUUUAAACUCUUUAUGUAUGCUGUUGGCCCUGCAGUAAUAGGAAAGGUCUAUCUAGAAGAGCUGGGGACCAUGGUACGAGGAUGGGCCUAAGGUGCAAAAGCAGAAAUAAGAGCUUUGUCCUACCUGUGGUGUUUCCAGAUGCAUGCAGCAUGCAUGGAUCAUGCUGCCCCUGAGUGCAUGGGCAUGGCAGGCAGCUCUGGGGGAUGUUGGGCAAGUGAUGCACAUUCACUGUGCUGCUGUGCAGUAGCUUUGAAGAAUGGAUGGAUGGUGCAUGGUGCCAAAAGAAAGCAGGGUCAAGACUGUCCCUUGGGAUCCCUGCCAUAUGUUUUGUGAGUGCUCCUCAUGACGUGUCCCAGUUUAAGGUAAAGACUGUGUCCCUCUUUGUACUGUUUGGUUUCUUCAAGUGGCACUUUUUAUAACCAGCAGAUAAUUAAGGAGCAGCUGCAUUUGGAAUGUGGCUGUACGGUUACUGAAUUUCCCUUGUUUCCUCUUGCCCGUUUUCAUCCAGUGAGCAGCUCUUUUUAAGGAGGUAAAGGGGCAGCUCUUUUGCUUCCUACCUCUAACCAAGCACAGUAGGAGUUUCUGACCACUUUCCUGAUCCUAAUGUGAAUAAAAAGGUACCCAGCUGGACUGUGCCAAGUGUUCCUUUAUGACCUUCUGUUAGGAUCUUGAAGCCUGAUCCCAGGAGUUCAAAUUGAGACAAAGUUGCUUCCUCUUGAGUUGUCUGUAUAUGUUUCCAUGGCACAUAUGUAUUUUGUGAUGCCUGCUGAGACGAUGUCGAGCUUGGCAACCCCGGAGAUAAGGAUGCUGUGGGCUAGCAGGAUCUUCUUAGGCCUUAUCCUGCUGGCACUGCGGGAGAUUAAGGCAGAAGAACCUCCUGGGCUAAACGAACCUCUGCAGUGGAGACAGCCAAUUUGUCUGUUCUUGUGAGCUGCAUGCACAGGAAUCAAUCAUGCACCCACCAGCUGAAUGAGCUCUGGAGCUUUUGUUAGGUGUGAGAUAAGUGAUUUCUCAGAGUGCUGCUACUCCUGGCUGGGAGAAAGCAGAGCAGAUCGCAGGGGACUUCCCUGGCAGUGCUGACCCUGUGGUGCUCACCUGCUCCCGCAGGCAGAGAUUGGUUGCACCUUUGCAGCCUGACUGUCACUGUAGCCUUGUCCCUUGUCUCUCAGCAAGUUCUUAGUGACUCAGAGGUUUCAUCUAAACUGCUCACACCGAGACUCUCUCUGGGCUGUUCUCCUAGGCAGUGUGGAAUUUGGAGUGCAGAUUAGGAACAAAGGACCCGGGAUUAAUGUAACCAUUCCAUACCUUGGUCAAACAUGCUCCAGUAGAGUGGAGGUGAAGUGCUAAAGUAAAUUUCAUUUUUUGCACUGGCUCCAGGGAGAAACCAUGCAGGGCACUAAAAGGGUUGCAAGGAUUUUUUUUUUUUUUUAGGAGGAAAAUGCAGUGCUGGUUCUUCAGUGAAUAGGAAGUUUAGAUGGUUGUAAUCUGCAUAGUAAUGGUGACUGUUUCUUUAAUGGCAUGGCAUUGGUUUACCUUUUCUUCCUGAUAGGAUUUGCUUUGUGAAUGCUUUGGGAGAUGAGAAGCAUAAAGUAAUAGGAUAUUUAAAAGACAUCUAAAUGGGUGGCAGAGUUUCAAACCCUUCAGAUGCAUAUUUGGGAACUCUAACUCUCCUUUUAACAUCCCAGAGAAUUAGCAGGAAACCCUUGGAGGGUAAUGCUCCCUUUGCAGUUACUGCAAGGGCAAACUGUUGUGAUCUGGAGUGCUCAGGAACGGUUUCUUUUCUGAGUAAUUUCCUGCUGAGCUUGGUACUGACCAUGCUGGUAGAGAAAUGGUAAAAUCUAAGCAUGCAGAGUCAAUCUUUAGGCUCCCCGUGUUAGUAGUUGCCUUGAUCCGUGCUGCCUGAGGUUGGAGCAGUGGGAGCAGCCUGCCUGUGACAGGGGACUUGUGGGUUGUGUGUGGCCUUCAGGCAAGGGCCAGUGUCACACCUGUACAGCUAUAUGCCAGGCAGAAAACAGUACCCUGCUGGUGCUUGAAAGCUUUCCCUGUGUGUGAAGAGAGGACACAAAGCUGAUCAAGAGCAGGGAAGGAUUUUGGUAAUAGCCAGCCUUGAUGUUUUUCCACCCAGACUUUGGAAGUUAGUUUAUCUUGCUCUACCUGUGACCUUUGAAGAAGUAUUUGUUGUUUCACAAAUAGAGUGGACUUCUGCAGACCAGGCAGCUCUUAGGGGUCCAGGGUUCUGGUGUUGUAGUGUUACACCCUCUGUGUCCAAAUGCCAUCAGCCCAAUGUUUGGUGUCUGUAGUAGGAACAGUGCACCAUUGGAUACACCCUGUAAGUGGUGGCUUGGCACUCUCUGUGUCUUCCUGCAUUGUGCUUUUUUGUAGGUGAGUCACAGGUCCCCACAUCGACUGUUUCUCCAUUUAACUUGUCCUCAAAUGACAAAAGUCACUGGUGAGCCUGAGCUAGUGCUGCUUGUGACUCCUAAUCACAUUCCAGCCUUCAUGCUAUGAUGGUGCUUUUUUUUCUCUUCAAAGUAGGUUGCUUUCAAGUGUCUUAAUGAAACCAUUUGCUGUAAAAUUUCUUCUGAAGAUAAAAUGGAUACUGCCUCACUGCCUAAUGUCUUAAUAAUGUGCUUGGUUUUUUCCUCCUAUAUGAAUGUAUAUUGCCUCAUUAGGGCAGGAAGUGUGAUUAUGGAUGUGUUUUCCUGUAUUCCUUCAGUGAAAAAGUCUACAGUUACCUAGGAUUUUUUUUUUGCCACAACCAGGAUGUUCGUGCAGCAAAAAAUCUGUCUGCAGACAGGUGAAGUUCUUCCUGAAAUGUGGGAAUUUAGCCUCCUAAGAUCUUGUCUUUAUGGAAUUCCUCUAAUGGUAAUGUGGAGAGUGAUGGGCUCUGGAAGAAAGUGGAAAGUUUUGGGUUUUUUUUAAACUUGAGCUUUAGGAAGAAAUUUUGUGAAAUAUUUGUGAGCUUAUUUGAAGAGACUGAUGUGUGUAUGUUUGUGUCCAUUUUGCAUCAUAUUCAGUGUUUCCAAAUGGGUAUCAAAUGAAUCAAAAUAAAUUAAUGG